AUGGCCUCUGAACCUGACAUGGCCGCUUCAAUCAACACCAUCCUAAAUACCACCAGUGAAACGACGAUCUUGCGCCCCCAAACAAUACCAGAUGCCGUAGCUUGGCACAAGACCAACACCAACCUCAUCUUAAAAGAUGAGCAAGGGCAGCACGUUACCAGCCCGCUUAAAGCCUAUGGAUUUAGCUUGGCGAGUGAGGUACUCACCCGGCAUUGGACCUACAACAUCCAUGGCGGUUUGGGUCAAAACACCAUUACAGGCGAAUAUUUUGUCAAACAUAGCAGCAUCACCCAAAGUCUGGUGGUCACUGUGCCUCCUCAACCUCAACAUCUUGCUGGAAAAGCCAUGAUCAGUGGGAUCGGCAAGGUCGUUAAGGUGAAUAUUGACAAUCUCAAUGAAGACGGUGACUGGCACCUUACAGUUCAAGCUGAACAUGACAUCUUCAACCCUGAAGUGAGGCAUGAUCUAGCUCUUUCUAACGACAAUACAAUGAUAUGGUUGUGGACUAACAAUGUCUUUAUUAUUCCUUAUUGA